AUGUCUGCUUCAGACGACACAAUCGAGGUCCGCCAAAAGAAUACAUCCGUCGACCACGAGAGAAAAGACAUGAACAAUUCUGAGGCCGUCAACGCCGAGUACGCGGGCGAUGAUGCGUCCGAGGACGAGCAGCCGCUCCUCUGGAGUCGGAUCCGCAACUACUCGCUGGACUUCUUCUCCGAAUUCCUAGGCACCAUGAUCCUGAUCCUGUUUGGUGACGGCGUCGUGGCUCAGGUCGUCUUGUCCGACGACAAGAAGGGCGACUACCAGAGUAUUUCGUGGGGUUGGGGUAUCGGUGUCAUGCUGGGCGUGUAUGUCGCCGGCAAGUCGGGUGGCCAUCUCAACCCUGCGGUCACGCUUGCCAACUGCGUGUACCGCGGCCUCCCCUGGAAGAAGUUUCCCGUCUACUUUAUGGGGCAGCUCUUGGGCGCCAUGACCGGCGCUGCCAUUGUCUACGGCAACUACCGCUCGGCCAUUGACCAGUUCGAGGGCGGCCGGAACAUCCGCACCGUUUCCGGCCCCACGGCCACGGCCGGCGUCUUCUGCACGUACCCGGCCGCCUUCAUGACCCGCACCGGCAUGGUCUUCUCCGAGUUCAUUGCGAGCACCAUCCUGCAGUUUGUCAUCUUUGCGCUGACGGACGCCAACAACAUUGGCGCCGGCCCGUUGACGCCCCUCUGUCUCUUCUUCCUCAUCUUCGGCAUUGGUGCCUGCUUCGGCUGGGAGACGGGUUACGCCAUCAACCUGGCUCGUGAUUUUGGCCCCCGGCUGGUCACCUUUAUGAUUGGCUACGGCCACGAGGUCUGGUCGUUUGGCGGCUACUACUUCUGGAUCCCCAUGGUGAUGCCGUUCCUGGGCUGCCUGUUUGGCGGUUUCCUGUACGACACGUUCAUCUACACGGGCCCGAGCCCGAUGAACACGCCGUGGCUGGGCCUGAAGCGCCUGGUUCACCCGCGCAAGACGCGCUCGCCCUGGGUCGUGUCGAACGUGUAA